UGGCUGCUGCCGCUGCUUUUUAAUAACAGACCGCAACGCAGCCAUCAUCGGCUCACUCCCCUCCGCAUUCUCAAUCCUUUCCACACGUCCUCUCUCCUGACCUGCCCCGUCAACUCGGAUUUCUUGCAAGGAUCACGCACCCAGAAACCCAGUGGUUUCAUCCACGAGCACGCGCGAGAAGGUUGUGACUGGGGAGCACGGCGGCCGGCCACCGCCGGCUGAUGGACACGCCCCCGGCGAGCCCGGACGCGGCGGGGCACGGCUCGAGCCCGGACGCGAUGCGGAUCAUGGUGGGCGUGCUGGUGACGGUCAUCUUCUGCACGCUGCUCUACUGCGUCUACUGCUGGAGGUGGCGGAAGCGCAACGCCAUCCGGAGGUCCCUGAUCGAGAGCCUGUGGCCGCGGUCCAGCUCGGACCUGCCGCUCAUGGACCUCGCCUCCAUCCUCGCCGCCACCGACAACUUCUCCAAGUCCAACAUGCUCGGCGUGGGCGGCUUCGGUCCGGUCUAUAGAGGCGUGCUGAGCGGCGGCGCGGAGAUCGCGGUGAAGCGGCUGUCUGCGCGGUCGCGGCAGGGCGCGGCGGAGUUCCGGAACGAGGUGGAGCUGAUCGCCAAGCUGCAGCACCGCAACCUGGUGCGCCUGCAGGGCUGGUGCGCCGAGCGCGACGAGAAGCUGCUCGUCUACGAGUACCUCCCCAACCGCAGCCUCGACGCCUUCCUCUUCGAUCCGAGCAAGAGCGCGCAGCUGGGCUGGAGCACCCGGCACAACAUCAUCUUGGGCAUCGCCCGCGGCAUGCUCUACCUCCACGAGGACUCGCUGCUCAAGGUGUUCCACCGGGACCUCAAGGCCAGCAACGUGCUCCUCGACGACAAGAUGAGCCCCAAGAUCUCCGACUUCGGCAUGGCCAAGAUCUUCGAGGACGAGUCCGACGGGAUCAACACGGGCCGUGUCGUCGGGACCUACGGGUACAUGGCGCCAGAGUUCGCGUUGGAGGGCGUCUUCUCGGUGAAGUCAGACGUGUUCAGCUUCGGAGUCCUCCUGCUUGAGAUCCUAAGCGGGCAGCGAAACGGCGCAUUGUACCUUGAGGAGCACCAGCAGUCUCUCAUCCAAGAUGCAUGGAAGCUGUGGACUGAAGACCACGCAGCCGAAUUCAUGGACCCGUCGCUUGGGCGAUCCUACUCCAAGGAGGAGGCGUGGCGGUGCUACCAUGUCGGCCUGCUCUGCGUGCAGGAGAACCCCAACGUCCGGCCCACCAUGUCCAACGUCCUGCUCAUGCUCAUCAGCGACCACAUGAAUCUCCCUGAACCAGCCCGGCCACCGUUGUUCUCAAGGCUGAGGAGCAUCCCGUUGUCGGCACAGCUACUCACGACGAAGACUGAGUCGACGGCGUCUCCUCAGUCGAUCAAUGAUGUCUCCAUCACCGUGAUCGAACCACGAUGAGAUUGUUCGAUUUUGAUCAGUCCAGUAUGAUAGGUGUUGUAUGUGCAUAUUGAUCUUUUUUUUUUCUCAAGGCCGGUGAUGGCAUUUUAAGCUAUGAAAACACAUGAUACAGUUCGGAUGAUGAUAACGAGGUCCACUUGAAAUUGAGAGA